GUCCAGUUAGUGCAGGAGGAGGUGCGACAGUACCAGGCUCCUCACAGCUCCGCACAGCUGCUCCUCCAGUCUGAGCAGCUCCAGCUCCAGGAUAGUGGUUCCACGUCAUGUCAUACCCAGGAUACGGCGGAUGUGGUGGUCUGGGGUUGCCAGGGAGGCCGGGGUUGCCGGGGUUGCCGGGGUUGCCAGGGAGGCCGGGGUUGCCAGGGUUGCCGGGCAUGCCAGGGGUUUCCUUCCAGGGUAUGGCCAUGGCAGGGGCCCCUGUGCAUGACCCUGCUGUAGCAGGAUAUGGGGCCUACCCCAGUGCCUUCAGCACGCCCCCUGCUUAUGACCCCAUGUGGGAUUACUUCAUCGCCAUUGCCGGCCUGGAUGGUGAGGUGGAUGCAGAGGAGCUGCAGAGAUGUUUAACACAGACUGGGAUCUGUGGAAGCUACAUGCCGUUCAGCUUGGACACGUGCAAGGUCAUGAUUGCCAUGCUGGAUAGAGAUUCCUCAGGUACGAUGGGCUUCAGUGAGUUUAAGGAGCUCUUCAGUGCCCUGAACAGCUGGAAACAGAACUUUGUGAUGAUGGACCAAGAUCGCAGUGGAACUUUGGAACCUCGUGAGAUGUCUCAGAAUAUCGCAAGCAUGGGGUACAGGCUGAGUCCUCAGGCGUUGGGCUGCAUCAUCAUGCGCUACAGUCGCGGGGGCAGAAUCUAUUUUGAUGACUACGUGGCCUGCUGUGUGAAACUGCGUGCUAUGACAGAACAUUUCAGGAAGAGAGACAUUAUGCAUCAAGGAGCAGCAAACUUCCAGUACGAUGAUUUUAUCCAGUGCACUAUGUCUAUAUAAGGCAAUUGGAGACACUGCACCGGGGGUGUGGGACAGCCCGGAGGCUCAGGCUCUGCAACAGUGUGGAAGCAAAUGUGCAAAUGUGCAAAAUAAAAUCUGUGUUGAUUACAAGCUUUCCCGUGGCUACCUCUGUCAACAUGCAAGUACCAGUGGUUUCUUUUUUAAAACAUAUGUUAAUAAUAACCCGGAGAGAGAUAUACU